AACCGCGGCGUCCGCAACCCCAACCUCAACCAGAACCCCCUGAUCAACGUGCGGGACCGCCUCUUCCACGCGCUGUUCUUCAAGAUGGCAGUGACCUACGCGCGCCUCUUCCCUCCCUCCUUCCGCCGCGUCUUCGAGUUCUUCGUUCUUCUCAAGGCUCUCUUUGUGCUCUUCAUCCUGGCCUACAUCCACAUCGCCUUCUCCCGCUCUCCCAUCAACUGCCUGGAGCACGUGCGGGACAAGUGGCCCCGCGACGGCAUCCUGAGGGUGGAGAUCCAGCGCAACUCCAGCCGGGCCCCCAUCUUCCUGCAGUUCUGUGGCGUGGAGAAAUUCCCAGGAAUGGUGGUGGAGUCCACCACUGAGGAAGAGGAGGAGGAAGAGGAAGAAAUGUCUGUGGAUAUGUUUGAAAACAGCUCCAUCAAGUUUGAGCUGGAUAUCGAGCCCAAGGUGUUCCUCAAGCCAUCCCGGGUGAGCAGCACUGAGCUGCCCCACAACGACAGCCAGGAGUUCUCGUUUAGUGACACGGCCACUAAAGGUAUGCAGCCUCUGCGGGAGACUGUGUCCGAGUUUGAGAUGCUAGCCCGAGCAGACAUUGUGGAAUACUCUCUGGAAUACGGAUUCCUGCGCCUGUCCCAGAGCACCCGGCAGCGCCUCAGCAUCCCCGUCAUGGUGGUGACCCUGGAUCCUACGAGGGAUCAGUGCUUUGGGGACAGGUUCAGCCGCCUGCUGCUGGAUGAGUUCCUGGGCUACGAUGAUAUCCUGAUGUCCAGUGUCAAAGCUUUAGCUGAAAACGAGGAAAACAAAGGUUUCCUUCGCAACGUGGUGUCUGGGGAGCAUUAUCGCUUUGUCAGCAUGUGGAUGGCCAGGACGUCCUACCUGGCAGCCUUCGUCAUCAUGGUCAUCUUCACUCUCUCUGUCUCCAUGCUGCUGCGCUACUCACACCAUCAGAUCUUUGUCUUCAUUGUUGACCUGUUGCAGAUGCUGGAGAUGAACAUGACCAUUGCAUUCCCUGCUGCUCCACUCCUCACUGUCAUCCUGGCUCUGGUCGGUAUGGAGGCCAUAAUGUCUGAGUUCUUCAAUGACACCACAACUGCUUUCUACAUCAUCCUCAUCGUGUGGCUGGCGGACCAGUACGAUGCCAUCUGCUGCCACACCAACACCAGCAAGAGGCACUGGCUCAGAUUCUUCUACUUGUACCACUUUGCCUUCUACGCCUACCACUACCGCUUCAACGGGCAGUACAGCAGCCUGGCACUUGUCACCUCCUGGCUCUUCAUCCAGCACUCGAUGAUUUACUUCUUCCACCACUACGAGCUGCCAGCCAUCCUGCAGCAGAUCCGCAUCCAGGAGAUGCUGCUGCAGAACCAGCAGGUCGGGCAGGGCACCCAGACCACGCUGCAGGACAACCUCAACAACAACACCACGGCUGCCCCGGUGGAGGCCGGGCCCCGCCGGGCCCCGCUGGCCCCCGGUUCCCUCGGCGAGGGCGGCGCUCCGGCCGCCCUGAGCCCCGGCGAGGCCUCCAGCGUCAUCGCCGCCGCCGCCGCCUCCGUGGGCAGCGACCUCAACUGGGUGGCAGAGACGGCUGCCAUCGUCACGGAGGCCUCGUUCCUGUCUGACCUGAGCAGCAGCCUGCUGGAGCCCGCCGUGGUGCACGAGGCCGUGGCCAACGGGACCCCUCCGGAGGCGGCCGCGGGCUCGGGCUUGGUCGCUCGCAUCAGGGUCAGCAGCGAGCACCCCGAGACGGCCGUGGGCUCCAUCACCAUCGAGGUCACCUCAACGUCCGUGGUGGCUGCAGCAGAUGCUUCCCCUGCUGCUGGGGCUGCCCCGCUGCAGGAGGGGGUGGUCUCCAGUCCCUCCCUUCCCAAGCAGACUGAGGCUCUGGAGGGCUCAAACAGCCGAGCAAAACCCGGUGGUAAAAACUGCACGGGCAGCAGCGGCGUGGCAGAGCCACUGCCAGCCUCGGGGGGGGACAGUGACCAGGACAGAGGUUUGGAGGACCGGGGGGAGAGCAGCCCCUGCCCAGCACCAGCAGAGAGAACGCCCAGCUCAGAGCCAAGCUCCAGGAACCUGUCCUGAGCCCCGUUGCUGUCACUCUGGACUGCCAGGAAGACAUUUGGAUUUUGUUUGUUACUAUUUCUCACUUCACCAUCAUCCUUAACCCAUGGAUCCCUCUGAGCAGAGCUGAAGCAGCUGGGACAGAGCAGGGCUGCUGUGACCUCUCUCCCCUAGGAAAGGCACUGGGGGGCUGUGGGAAGGAUGGGGGGUUUUGGUCCUCUGGCUCCUCUGAGGCCACAGGUGAGCCAGCUACCUGUUCCCACCCUGCCCAGCUCGUGCCCUGGCUUUUCCUUGUCCCCCAAUCCCUGGAUUUGCCCUGCAGCUGUGUUUGCAGUCCAGGUGCUGAUCCCAGGUGGGAGCUGGCCUGGGACAGGCCACAGGCAUGGCAGCUUUGUGGUUAGAGUAGGAGUGGAUGGAACAAGCAGAGUGUCCAGCGCCUGUGGGAGAACCACAGAGGUGAUUCCUGGUCACCUUUCCUGCUCCUGAGGGGAGGAGGAGCUCUUACCUUCCCCAGGCACAAAGUCUGCCCAGGCUAGGGCACAACCAAAGCAGAAAGCUGCAGUUCAGCCCCUUUUUUUUCUGUCCUUGAACUUGCCAUGGUGGGUGGGUUGGGAGGCGGAAGGUGCUGUGUGCAGGUGGGAGCUGCCAUCCCAGGAGCCGUGAGUGCUGCAGUGGGGUGAGUGAGGGCAGCAGCUCUGUCCAUCCUGCACAGCUCUGCUCUGGGUGAAGCAGCUGCUUUCCAGUGCCUUGUCCCUGCUGGGGGACACGUCUGUGUUUAGGAUCAGCCCCAUCCCAGAGGAGAGAACGGCUCCUCAUGCCUGGAUUGUUGCAUGAGCUGAUAUAGCAAAGAACCAAAACACUAAAAAGCCAAGACAUUUCAGCUGGUUUUCCCACGUUUCCCUGGCAGUGGAGGUGAGGCUGGCAGAGCCUGGCCUGUCCCAGGAGGCUGAGCUGGGGGUGCUGCCUGUGUUCCCCUGCAGAAGGGCCAGAUCCAUGCCAGGGUUUGUGCAGGGAGCUGGAGCAGAGUGAGGCAGGAUGAAGCUCUGGGAGAACCAUGGUGGGACAGGGCAGGGACAGGAGGUGACAUGUGGGCACUUGGCUCUCUUGGGGACAGCUGGGUCCCUGCACAGAUGUCCCUGAGUUCAGUGUUUUCCCCUAUGGCUGAGCAGUGUCUGGAGUCCCUCCCCUCGGGGGGCUCCGUGCGUUUCAGUGUUACCUUAUCAACACAGGGGGGCUCAGAGCCCCCUCCUCACCCCUCUGCCUUUCCCACCUGGGUGCCCCCUUUUUGUUUUUUCCUUUUUUACCUGGAGCAGCCUUGGUGCUGUUCCAGGGCAGGGGGGACCCUGCUGUGACCAGCAGGUCAAAUCUUGCUGCUGCCCUCACUCCUGAGAAGGAACCUUGUGGCCAACUGGAGUGCCAGGAAUGACCAUGAUGGGCUUUUCAGAGGAGUGGGUGGGAGGGGAAGGGGGGACACCAAACCAAAUGAUUUGAUGAAUGAAAAGUAGAGUUCAUUCUAUUUAAUGUACAAAAUGUGUUUGUAUAUAAUAAUAAAUAUUAUCUCUUAACAGCUCCUGCAGCGCUGCCCCA